AUGGAUAAUAAAAAUUCGGAUAAUAUUCAUCGACAAACAUCACGUAGCACAGCUGCUUUUGAUGCAGUUGAGUGUCUUGUUAAUACAAGUGAUCUUGCAUAUGAAAAUGAAGCACUGAAUAAAGAACAAGAACGGCACAGGCAAUCAAAUAGUUCACGACGAGAUUCAACGAUAAAACGUUCAAAUGAAAAUUUAGCUCAUCGAUCAACUCGUCAUUCUCCAUCAUCGAAUGUUCGUAAACGUCAUUCAAGUCCUCGAUCGAGUUCAUCGUCAUCACGUCCUCAUCAACAACAUCAUCAUCAUCAACCACCUCCUUCUCAAAGGUAUCAUCGAGUUUCAUCGCCAUCUCCAUCACCACCACCCCCACCAUCGUCAUCAUCACGACAUCAUCGAUCGGUUGCUGCUGUAAAACGGCCACAUUCUCGAUCACCAUAUGAACGACGUCCACCAACAUAUCGUUCUCGUCAUGAGACAUCAAAAGAACUCAAUACUAAUGAUGUAUUGCAAAGAAUUUCACCAGCCGAUGAACCAUCAAAAUCGAAAACAAAAAUUUCCGGACAUGAAACAACUGAUUUAAGUUUUGUAUCCGAAGAUGAAUUGACAAAAUCACAUGAUACUCGAACCAAUAAUACAGCAACAAUUGAAAGUUCAUCUGUAAAAACAGAUACUAAACUUCAUUCAACUCCUUCUGUUCCUAUGCUUCAACCAAAUUCAAAUGAAAGUCUUCUCGAAAUGAGCAAUAUUGCUCAAGAAUAUGACAUUUCUCUUUUUGCAAAAUCAUCACUUUCAACUCCACCCAUAAAUUCAAUUUCAAGAACACCAAAUCUUCCUAUAAGCGAUUUCAUGCAAACUAUUGAUCUUAUUAAUAAAUAUAAAACAAUGCACGCUACACCAUGUAAUGACCCGCAAAUUGAAGCUUGUUCAAAAGAAAUUUUAACACUUAUACAAAAACAAAUUGAAUUACAAAAAAUUGAACUUAAUUAUCGUGAACGCGAAAUAAAAUUACGUGAACGUGAACUUGCUGAACGUGAAAAACGUUUUAAUGAACAAUCGAAUGAUACGACAAGUAUGACUGCAGUUAAUAGUGAGCCUCCUGUUGUAGUUAAAUCAACAAUUUCUGAAGAAAACCCUCAACAAAAAACAGCAAUAAUUCUUGAUCAAGAUAUGAAAGACGUAUCAGAAGAAGAAUCCACUGAAAACCCGAUUCCAUCGACUGCCGCUACAACGAAAGUAACUAUAACGAAUAAGAAUGGUUCUGAUCAACCAACAUUUAUUCGUAAGAAAAACGGAAAAUCUCGUUUUUCACCAACUAUUGUCGUUCCAUCGACAUUGGAUGCACAAGAAAAUGCAACAAUUGAAUUUUAUUCAGAUGAUCAUGACCAAAUGCAAUCAUCUCUAUCUAUAAAUACAGAUAGUUCUUUGAAAAAAUCAACUAUUUCGAAAAUUUUAGCACCUACUGAAUCAAUAAUAUCUCUUGCCGAUACAGAUUUAAAAGUAACAUCUUCAAAUUCAUGUCGCAAAGUCGAAUUCCAGAGUGGAAGUAUUGACAAAGCAACGGCAAGUAAAGGAUCUUCACAUGACUUACGUUUAACUCUAAGUAAAAAUCGAACUAAACAUCAAAGCAGCCAUGACGAUAAUGGAUCAAUGAGCAAUCAAUUGAAUAGUGAUGAUGAAUCAACUGUAACGGGUAACAAAGCAAUGUCAUCGAAAGUGCAUACAAUCAAAGACGACAAACAACAAAGUCAUGAUUAUCAACAACAACCAAGAAGUGUGACAUCGACAUCGAUUGAAGUAAUCGUCGACGAUACCAAUGGUAAACGAGAUAAUCGACGUCAUCAACAACGAUUCAACAGCAGUCGACAACCGCAAUAUGUUGCGCAAAAUUCUACAUCGUCGAACAACAGCUCAAAAGAAAGACCUUUCAGCUACGAAUCACCUACACAAUCAUCAUCAAAGUAUGGAUCAAGUCAAAAACGUCAAGAAGCUGAUGAUCUUCGUUCUCAUUUACAUAAACAAAAACCUACAAAAUCAUCGCGAGGAACACAUCGAAGCGAUUAUUAA